UUGUUCUCUGUAAUCGAUUGGUUUCGCCUUUCUGUUCCUCACACGUGUGUGUGUGUGUGUUUUGGAGGAAAAGAAAGAUGGCUGCGCCCUCGAGUGAAGUGCAACUUGUUCCUGCCAAAAAGCCCCCAGCUCGAGGACCACGGCGGGUAGCCAAUCAAAUUCCAAAUGAAAUCCUCCAAGACCCUGAGUUACAGGAGGCAAUCAAAGCCCUGCCUGCGAAUUACAACUUUGAGAUCCACAAGACAGUUUGGCGAGUGAGACAAGCAAAAUCUAAGAGAGUUGCUUUGCAGCUUCCAGAGGGCCUGCAAAUGUUUGCCUGCAUCAUCAGUGACAUCAUUGAACGGUUCACAGAUGCAGAUACAUUUGUGAUGGGGGAUGUGACGUACGGCGCCUGCUGUGUGGAUGACUUCACUGCUCGAGCCCUGGGAGCAGAUUUCAUGGUGCACUAUGGCCACAGUUGCCUAAUCCCCAUAGACUCGACUGCAGGUAUCAAGAUGCUGUAUGUGUUUGUGGAUAUCCAGAUGGACAAUGCACACUUCCUGGACACAAUCAAGUUCAACUUCUCUCCUGGACAGUCUCUUGCACUCGUCAGCACUAUUCAGUUUGUGGCGGCGCUGCAGGCUGUGAGUGCAGCCCUCAAGACAGAGUAUGAUGUGCAUGUCCCACAGUGUCGCCCUCUGUCACCGGGAGAAAUUUUAGGCUGCACCUCCCCUCGCUUGGAGCGCCAUGUCAAUGCCAUUGUUUAUCUUGGAGAUGGAAGAUUUCACCUGGAAUCAAUCAUGAUUGCAAACCCAGACAUUCCUGCCUACAGAUACGACCCCUACAGUAAGGUGUUCUCCAGGGAAUACUACGACCACGAGGCCAUGCGCGCUAUAAGGCUCCAGGCUAUUGACAAGGCUCGACUGGCCCAGAGAUGGGGACUGAUCUUGGGCACGCUUGGCCGACAGGGCAGCCCUAAAGUCCUGGAGCACCUGGAGUCAAAGCUCCAGUCCUUGGGCAAGUCCUUCACUCGAGUGCUUCUCUCGGAGAUCUUUCCCAGCAAACUGGCUCUGAUACCAGAUGUAGAUGCGUGGGUUCAGAUCGCUUGUCCACGCCUUUCUAUCGACUGGGGCACUGCCUUCUCCAAACCCCUUCUCUCUCCAUAUGAGGCAGCUGUUGCUUUGCAAGAGGUGGGCUGGAAGGAGGUCUACCCCAUGGACUUCUACUCCAAUCAGAGCCUGGGUCCGUGGGCACCUAACCACCCUGACAACCAACCUGUGAGGCCUGCUCGUAGACAGACCCAGAAAAAAGGCUCGGAGCCAGCCAUUCCUGCCAAGCACUGUGAGCAGAACCAGUGCGCCCCCUGUGGCUGCCAAGGGGAAUGACACGCUAACAAGCAGAGAGAAGUCAGACCAGAAGAGGAACAAUUGGAAUUUGAGUCAGUCUAACUUCAGAGGAGUUUUCAGCCUCUUUUUCAAAUAGAUUUUCUGCCGAUAUGAUGAGCAGUUGAGAUGCGACCUGACCCUGUUUUGCUUUCUUCUUUUUGUGGUGAAAUUGUGAAGACAGUAAAUCAGAAAUGAAACCUU